CACACAGACGGGAGACUUGUAAUUGCACAGCUGGCUCUAGAAUACCGACUUCUCGGCUGCUGUCUGCUCUCAGCUGCACUGGCUGCGUGUGUUGACGCUCGUGCCAUGGAUGCAUCAGUGGAUGUCUGGAGCUACUUCUAUGCUCAUCUAAUGUCCUUAUGGCUAAACAGGUUUUACAUCUACACUAGUGCAGCUUUGGGCAUCAGUAUUUGGAUCUGCUUUCAGUUCAUUACCCUCAAAAUCAAAAAGCAGGAUGAAAAAUCCAGACAAAAACUAACUCAGUUGAAAGUAACAGAGGAUGUGCUAGUGAAUGGAUACACAGGACCAAAAGCAAUGAAGGUUUAUGUUGCUGGGGUGAAGAUUUUCUACGGCUCUCAAACUGGCACUGCUAAGGGAUUUGCAACAGUUCUUGCUGAAGCAAUUCUCUCCCUUAAUCUGCCGGCAGAAAUCAUUAACAUGAGAGACUAUGAUCCCGAUGAUUGUCUUGCAGAAGAGGCAACCAGCAAAAAUAUUUGUGUGUUUCUUGUUGCUACCUACACUGAUGGACAGCCAACUGAGAAUGCAGCGUGGUUCUGCAAAUGGUUAGAAGAGGCUGCGAAUGACUUUAGGUUUGGCAAAACCUAUCUGAAAGGCAUGCGAUACGCUGUGUUUGGCUUGGGAAAUUCAGUAUACGUGGACCACUACAACACAGUUGGAAAAAACCUUGACAAGUGGUUGUGGAUGCUCAGUGCCAGUCGCGUCAUGACUCGAGCGGAAGGGGACUGUAAUGUAACCAAAAGCAAGCACGGCAGUAUCGAGGCGGACUUCGGUGCCUGGAAGGCCAAGUUCCUUGCUAGGCUCCAGGCACUUUGCAAAGGGGAGAGGGAGCCCUGCAGUGGGAACUGUAAAAAAGGCAAGUGCAAAUCUAAAGGGAAGCAGAGCAAGGAGGGAUCCGAUCAUGAGCAAAGGAUGUCCGAGCAGGAGAACAAUGAGGUGGAGGAGUUAUUUGAAACCACCAGUGAGGAGGAGUUGGGCUCCGAGGAAGAUGGAAGUCAUAACUCUGUCAUUGAUGUUGAAGAUCUGGGGAAAAUGAUGGGUCACAUGAAGAAGGCCAAGAAGGAACGUGAAGUCGAGGAAGAAACUGGCAGGACAGGUCCAUUUCAGCAGAGCAUUGGGAAAAAUGAGGAGCGUGAAAGGAGGGAGAUGAUCACUCCAAGUCUUAGAGAUGCACUAACAAAACAAGGUUACAAACUGAUUGGAAGCCAUUCUGGUGUGAAGCUGUGUCGGUGGACAAAGUCAAUGCUGCGCGGGAGAGGAGGCUGCUACAAACACACCUUUUAUGGCAUUGAAAGUCACCGCUGCAUGGAGACCACACCGAGCCUGGCUUGUGCAAACAAAUGCGUGUUUUGCUGGAGGCAUCAUACAAAUCCAGUGGGCACAGAAUGGCGGUGGAAAAUGGACCAACCUGAAAUGAUCUUGCGGGAGGCUAUUGAAAACCACCAGAGCUUGAUCAAGCAAUUUAAAGGUGUCCCGGGAGUAAGAGUAGAUCGCUUUGAAGAAGGGUUGGUGGUGAAACACUGUGCCCUAUCUCUGGUGGGAGAGCCGAUUAUGUACCCAGAAAUCAACACAUUCAUAAAACUGCUGCACUGUCACAAAAUCUCUAGCUUCUUGGUUACAAAUGCACAGUUCCCCGUGGAAAUUAGGAACCUUGAGCCAGUAACACAGCUGUAUGUCAGCGUGGAUGCUAGCACCAAAGAAAGCCUGAAGAAAAUUGACCGUCCUCUCUUCAAGGAUUUUUGGCAAAGGUUUCUAGACAGUUUAAAGGCCUUGGCUAAAAAGGUACCAAGUUAAGAAUAGUUUUUGUUAACUUUUCUCCCUUCCUGCCCAUUUUCUGUACAGACAGAGGGUGUGGGGCUUGAAGGGAAAUGGGAUGCUGAAUGUCUUCAGAGCUUUAUUUCUGUGUGUGGUGUUAGGAUGAGCAGGCUAACAAUCUGAACUGAGAGCUAACAAAGGACUUUGGGGCUUUUGUAUUGGAAUAAAUGUCAGGAGAAGAGAGGUAGAAUGUGUUUGAGGAAGAGAAUUGUGUAUUUAUUUUCCUGUCCAAAAUGGAGGCAGAAACAGCUCACAGGCAAAACAAGGCAGUUGGAGAAAAGCAGGUAGCCCAGAAGAGGGCAUGAAAGCACAGGUGAUAGCUAACAUUUGUUUCCGAAGCUUUCUCCUGGAGCUCAGUAAAGCCCUUGUCAUGUGAACACUUACAUAUUGACUGACUGCAAUGGGACAACGGCUGUGUAAAAAAAAAAAUAAGCGUAUGUGUAAGUAAGUUUUGUUUGCAGGAUUGGGGCUGAAGAUAAUAGAUGUAAAUAUGCAAACAAUAUGAGGAUGCUGCCUCUUUCUGAUAUUUACAGGUUGUAACUUUCUUGCUGUACUGCAUAAAGCAGUUGAACACUGACCCAAAUUCACUGCAGGCCUGAGAGCUGCUUUUAACAGCUGUCAUUUUAGGCAUAACCUUUACAGAUUUCCUUUUAUCUGCCGUUACUGAUCUGACUUAGACACUGUGUGAAUUAACCAGAUAUGUGUUUUGGGUACGUGUUUUCUUUUGUCUUUGCUGUUGCAGCACUCUGAAAAAAUGCUUUUAUUCAUAUUUCUGGCACAACUUUACAUACUACCUCUGGGACUGAGCAGAUGGGAGAUACUAUUUAGUUAUAUAAUAAGCUUUGCUGUGUUCUGAGACUACAAAUAUUAGACCUCUUUCUGCCAGAUUUACAUUCAUGAAUAGACCCAUUAACUUCAUUGGAGCUGCUUGAAAGCUUGGUCCUGCCAAUGCACACAAGUAGUUUUCUUAAGUGCAUGCACCCUUUUCUCUUGCUGGCAACACUCACAUGGGUAAAGGUACUUGGGUGAGUGUCAGUGUACAGGAUCAUCUUGUUACACUCACAGUGAAGUCAGGGGCAAAAUUUCCAUUAACUUUAAUGAGAUCAGGAUUUGGCCUGGGGAGGCCCAAACUCAAUUAACCUGAAAUUAAACAAAACCAAACAAAGAGGGGGACAUUUUGAGGUAUUAGGAAAACUGACUUUGGCUGGAAGAAUGUCUCUGUUGACCUUGGUUAUAUAAGGUACAUUCACUGCUAAAUUCCUGCCUCUUGUCAGAAUCGUUCCCUCACAAAGAAUGAAAGUGAACAUAUUGGCAGUUAUAUCCAUAGGGCUAAAAAUACUUUUUGCAAGGUGAAGAGGGGGAGGGGGAAAAGCUGAUGGCUGCAUUCUUUCCUGCAUACGUUCGAGUGUUCUUAUAAUACUGACAACACAGGACCCUCCUAAUAGCAGCCCAGGUUGAUGGUAUCUUUUAUCAGCAAUGGGAUCCGAUUUGCGUAAUGCCAAACCGAAAUUAUGCAAAUUUCCAAAUCCCGUAGGAAGCAUAGAUAUUUUAGACAGUUGUGUAAUUUUACACAUGGCUGUGAUUGCAGACGGAGUCUAGAAACACC